AGGACUUUAUUUUUCUUUUCUUUUUGUUGUAUCAACCUAGAGGCGUGGAUGAUGGGUUGUGUUGUCAAAUUUCGAGGUUGGGGGGCCUGUCGUUUUGUUGUUUUGUGGGUCGCCGUGAUGCCAUCACUCUUUUAUAUAUAUAGAUAUACACACCCCACUUUCCAACAGACCUCACAACCUCUGAGGAUGCCUACCAUAGAUGUGGGCGAAACGUCAGGAGAGAAUGCUUCUGGAACAUGGCCAGACAUCCCGGAAAAUUCACAACAGCCCAGUGAGUCUGGCCAUGAAAGCCUGUAACAACAUAUUAUUCUUAUGUUUAUUAUUUUUAUUUACACCCCACUUUUUCUCUCCACUUUGGAUCAAGUCUAUGGAGUCCUGGGAUUUGUAGUUUGGCGAGGCGCCAGCACUCUUGGGCAGAGAAGACUGAAGACCUUGUGGAACUACAACUCUCAGGAUUCCGCAGGACGGAGCCAUGGCCAUUCAGGGGAACGGCAUUUGUUCGACAGGGUCAAACCAAACAGGAACACGGCUCAUCACUACGGCUGCCUAUUAAACUAUGGUUAGCUCAGAAAAUCCCGCCAUCAGUCCAAGUGAGAUGAAGGCACCUGACAACAUCAUGACCUGGUCCACUUCGCAGGGCUGUUGUGAGGCUUUAAAAAGGGACCAGCAAGCUGCGGAUGUCAGCAGUUCAGGUUUCUUAGCCAAAAGGCAGGGUAUAAAUAUAAAUGAUGAUGGCUGCCGACGUCAUCAUCUGCUGCUGCCACAACCGUUUUAGAGCAAUGUCUAAGAUGCCGUGAUACGAUGAGAGAGGGUUGACACCUUUUUUUUUUUAGCACUCCCUACCUGCUGUGCUUCGAAAGCUGGCUGUCGCUCUGCGCCAUAAAUAGACCCUUCAAUGGGAUCGACGUUUGUUCCUCCGUCAGCUCUUUCCCAGACCCCGUGAUGGCAUAGGGCAUCUUAGAAACCCAUCAUGGACUAUUCCCAGAAACGGGUGACGACACCACAAGCUCAGAUAGACUGCACCUACGUAGCCAUGGUCAACACUAUCCCUGUUUGGUCUUCUGAAUUUUAUUCCACCAUUAAAAGGAGUGUAUUGUGCAGAGUGAAGCUCGCAGUGCCGGUGAUAAAGUGGACCAAUGGCCCACUAAAGCAGACAAGUCUGCAAGAAACAGGGCCUUUUCAGUGGCUGCUGUCCAUAGAAUGCAAAAGAGCUAGUAAAACUACAUGGUAACACAUAUUUUCAAUUAACCAUGGUUUACCGUUAUGGUCAGACGCUAAACCAUAGUUCGUAUGAAUGCUGGUUUGUUAAAACAAACCACUAUUGUAAGUCUGGUUUCAAAUGGACUAUAAGGAUUCUCUGCAGCUUAAUCCCAAUAUCAGCAAGGGGUGCAUCGCCAUCUACACUGUUGAAUGAAUGCUGUUUGAUAUCCCUUGAACUGCCCUGGCUCAAGGCUUUCAAAUCCUGGGAGUUGUCGUUUGGUGAGGCUCCAGCUCAAGACCUUUGAAAACUGCCAUGGCUCAAUGCUGUAAAAUGAUUGGAGUUGACAAGGUCUUUAGUUGGAUGAGUUGGGACCAUUGUAGGGUAUAGGGACGCUUGAUCUGGAAGAGGUCCCCCACUCCCCAAAUUAUCCCUAGCGGCAGGGGAUUCUGGAGGCUGCAGUCAUUUUGGAAAAUCCCAGAAGGCGGUCGUAAGCAAAGCCAUGAGCUCAAGAACCCAAAGUUCAAGAUAACCCACCUGCCGCAUGUCCCUUUGGUGCCAAGAAGAGAGGCGGGCGCAAGGCCUGCAUGAGCCAGGCAGUCUAAACUUGGCUCUCGAUGGCGCACGCCUAUCCCACUGGGAUGAAGUCAGCUGUCACGGCCCAGAUUCUCCGGGGCUGUUUCAUCGCCUCCAAAAAUACUCCCGCUCCUGCCCUGGAGCGCUUGAGGCGCAUGUAUAAAUAGAAGCCAGGCAGGAACUUGCAAGAAGUUUCUCGGCUCGUCGGGGAGAGGUUUAUUUAAGCUCCUGUAUGAGGAGAGGCGGAGCAGACCUUUCCACCAGGAGACAGGAGCUAUAAAGUCUAUUGAUUUCCUCAAUCCGGCUAGCACAGGGAUUUCUCUCUGGCACCGAAGCCAAGGCUUUGGCUCUCUCAAGCUGUGCACCUUGGGAACAAGGCAUUCCUUCUUCUUUUUUCAGAGGACUUUACAGAAACAAGGAUCUUAAACAUAAGACACGAUUUUCUGGCAAAGUAGGCACAUUGGAGCAUCCUUUGUGCCACCGUUGGGUGUCCGGCACCGCAUUGGUUGGAUCUUUCUGUCUUUUGUCCCUUCUUUUGUAGCUCGCCGAUCCCUGGUUCAAAGCAGAGCAUGGCGGACAGCCAGCUGCCCUUCUCGUGCCACUACCCCGGGCGGCAUCGCAGCCUUCGCGACCCUUUCCGGGAGCCCAGCCUCUCCUCUCGCCUUUUGGAUGAAGACUUUGGCAUGUCCCCCUUUUCGGGGGAUCUGACCGCGGACUGGCCGGACUGGGCCCGCUCACGCCUGACCUCGCCGUGGUCGGGCCCCAUUCGAUCCGGGAUGGUCCGAACCGCCGGCCUUUCCCCGCCGGGCUACACCCGGUUCGGCGGGUACGCCGAAGGAGCGCCCUUUGGAGGCCCACCCAUGCCCUUCACCGGGGAGCCCUGGAAAGUCUGCGUCAACGUGCAAAGCUUCAAGCCCGAGGAGCUGACGGUGAAGACCAAGGACGGUUACGUGGAAGUUUCAGGUAAACAUGAAGAGCAACAAGUGGAAGGCGGGAUCGUAUCGAAGAACUUCACCAAGAAAAUCCAGCUUCCCGGAGAGGUGGAUCCCACCACGGUGUUUGCCUCCUUGUCCCCGGAGGGUCUGCUGAUCAUCGAGGCGCCGCAGAUCCCGCCCUACUGCCAAUACGGAGACCUGAGCUACGGCGACGACAUCCCCGUCGACAACCAAGAAGCCACCUGUGCCUAAAGCAAGCCCCCCAGGGCCGUCCCGUUCCCCUCCGACCGCCACCGCCGCCUCUGCCCCGCUGCCCAGGAUCGCCUUCCCCGGCCGCCAAAUUGACGUUGUACAUUUCCUUAUCAAAGCCCAUUCCUGACCCGUCCUCUGCUGGCUUCCUGCAAUGGCUUGACUGGAUCCGCGUGGCAAGAGUACACAACUGCCCGACUGCUAGUCCCAACCAGAGUUGACCCAUUGAAUCUGUGGAAGAGGCCUAUGUGUGGACUUUAUUGAAAGUCGUCCAAUGUUUUGCAGCAGAUUGCUUUGGUCGGAGCCAACUGGGAAGGGCAACAUCACCCCACUUCCUCUCUCCUCUACCCAAUAGACUCCCUUUGAACUCCAGAGGACAAAUUGGGGUCGCUGUCCACGAAUCACACGUCUCCAAUAAGGACUAAGAAUCGGAUGUUGGCUUGAUCUUUGAGGCUUCCAUAUCUCAUCAUCUGGCCUACAAGGUCACCGUCGCACUGGGAGCAAUCUUCAGCUGGAAAGCACCCACCAAACGCAUACUUCUGGAAAGGAAUUUCUGGAGGAAUUUGAGGAGAAGAGGCGGAGGUUGAGAUCUUCUGAACCCCUGCCACGUCCUUGAGGCAUCUCAAAGUCGAAAUCCAACUCUGGCUCACAGCAAGCCCAGAAUGAGUCCAUAUGGUGGUCCCUUCCUGAAGAUCUGACCGUGGCCGAAGGAGAGUUGUGUGCCUUCAAGUCAUUCAGUUUGAAGGAUCGUGGGUUUUUCUGAAGCGGAGAGUAUAUGACUUGCUUAAGGUCACGCAAAGGGCUUGCAUGGCUGAGUGGAGAAGCAAACCCUGGUCUCCAGAGACACAAUCCAACACUCAAACCAGGAGGCUGGCUCUCUGAUGGAUAUUGCAAACUUUAUGUCAAAGCCUGGCUCCAAUGUGUCCAUAGCUGUCCAAGGUGAGGAGGCCCAACCAUUCUUCAGUCCACAUCCCAGCGCUCUGCCAUUGUUCCUCCUAUAAGGGCUCACUAAGCCUUCAGUGAAGCAACAUUCAGAUCCUGGUCCUGCAGCCUUUGGUUCUAGCUGAAGCUCCCUGGGACUCAAAUAGUUUUGUCACUUGGUUAUGUGUUGCCUUCUUCCUCCGACGCAACAGAGAAGUGCUCUAAGAACACAAGAAAAGUUUAAGGUUUUCGCAAAGGCGUCGAUGGCGUAUGUCAUUUCUCCGCGUUCAUGCUGGAGAGCCUCUCUCGAUCCUCUUGGAGCAUCUAACCCACUAUUCUUGAUCAUUUGGGGUCACUGAACAUCCAGAGCUCACCAAAGCGACUAUUCUAUUUUUAUUUUGCACCGACGUCUUUUUUCCCCCCCCACAAGUUGGGACGAUCCAUCCGCGUUUACAUGUGCUCCCAGAGUGUGGAAGCCACGCUGGCAGUGAAACUGUGAGAUGUCUUUGGGGCCCUUUUCUGGACCGCUUCUCCUCUGCGUGGGAUUUCGACCGCAUGUGUGCUUCUAUCAAACACACCCUUGGCCAACGGAUUCCCUGGGAGGGCCCGUGCUUUUCUCAAGGUCUUACCUGCUUUAUUGUCUCCGUCUUUCGCCGACUUCGGGUGUGUGCGUGUUUAUAUUUAUGACAAUAGGAAGAUGUAGGUGAAAUGUGGAGUUUUCCCAACCUGACCAAGCUUUGCUUCUCUUUCUUUCUUUAAGCUCAUGUGCAUAACAAGCCUAGAUCUGUAUUGGAGGGGUUGACAUUGCAGCGUGAAAACCACAACAUGAAUGACAUAGUUGAGUCUGGAAUAUUUUCUUCUUUCUCCCCAAGAGCCCUGUCCUCUCCUGUGACAAAUAAACCCGUGCUGACGUUUUUAA